AUGGUGGUCUCCCGAUCGGGCCGGGACUCGGGAGGGGGAGGCGGUGGGACCGGGAGGGGAGGCAAGUUCUCAGUGGAGGAACUCUACGGCCUCAACACCAACAAGAAGUCCAAGUCGAUGGGACCGCCAGUCCGGCUGCCGAAGGGCCGAGAGCCCGGGCUCAGCGAUGACUACCCGGUUACCGAGGAAGCCAGGGCAGCCUGGGAGCGGCAGAAGCUGGAGACCUUCCUCCGCGAAUGCUGCAUCUCGCUGGCCGACACCGUGUCCCAGCGGACCGGCAUGGUCUACAGGAAUCUGGGGAAAUCAGGUCUCCGAGUGUCUUGUCUGGGUAUUGGAAGCUGGGUGACCAUUGGCUCCCAGGUUUCGGAAGAGGUUGCUGAGGACAUCCUGACCAUGGCCUACGAGAGUGGCAUCAACCUGUUCGAUACCUCGGAGGUCUACACUUCGGGCAAGGCUGAAGUCACACUGGGAAACAUCAUAAAGAAGAAAGGAUGGAGACGUUCCAGUUUUGUGAUCUCCACCAAACUCUACUGGGGCGGACAGGCGGAGACAGAGAGAGGACUCUCCCGCAAACACAUCAUCGAAGGCCUGAGGGGUUCCCUCCAGCGACUGCAGCUCCAGUACGUCGACAUUGUCUUCGCUAACAGGCCUGACGUGAACACCGCCUUGGACGAGAUUGUCCGGGCCAUGACCUUUCUGAUAAACCAUGGCGAGGCGAUGUACUGGGGGACGUCUCGGUGGAGAGCAGUGGAGAUCAUGGAAGCGUACUCCAUCGCCCGGCAGUUCAACCUGAUCCCACCUGUCUGUGAGCAGUCCGAGUAUCACCUCUUCAAUAGAGACAUGGUGGAGGCACAUCUCCCCGAGCUCUACUACAAGAUUGGUCUCGGCACAGUGACCUACUCCCCGCUGGCUUGUGGCUUCAUCACUGGAAAGUACGAUGACUGCAUUCCAGAAUAUUCCAGGGCCUCACUGCAGGGCUACGAGUGGCUGAAGGACAAGAUCACCAGCGAGGAAGGCCAAUCACAGCAGUGCAAGCUCAAGGAACUGCAGCCGAUCGCAGACAGCAUGUCCUGCACCCUGCCUCAGCUGGCGAUCGCGUGGUGCCUGAGGAACGAAUCGGUCAGCUCGGUCCUCCUGGGCGUGUCGGGCGUGGUCCAGCUGCGCGAGAACCUCGGCGCCGUUCAGAUCCUCAAUCAACUGACUCCUGAAAUUGUCGCCCAGGUGGAUGCCAUUGUGGGAAACAAGCCCACUGGGAGAUGGGACUUAAAGUCUUAGAGGAGGCACGGUCCAGGGAGACUGCUUUCCAUAACGUGUACCCUCUUGCCGUUUGGAUUUGUGUUACAUUCAAGUAUUUUCAUCCCCAUGGAACGGGGGCCCCCGCUGUGCUCAGUCCCCCAGCUCCUCACAUUCCUCAUCCCAGCGCCACUAGAGACGCAAUCCUGGCUCCUUCACGGACAUUACUCCCAUGUGUCAUCGUAAAGAUAUUCCAUGGAUUCCGGUUCACUGCGAUGCAUUGGGA